AUGCAGAGUUGCUCUUGCGAGAAGAAUGGGGAAAGGGUGUUUUCGGUGGCGCUGGCGUCCGACGGGGCCCUCACUUGGGAUGUCCCCCCUCCCGUGGAGGAGAAUGGCAUCGUAGCCCCGCAAACGAAAGGGCAAGGGGAUGGCAAGGCAGCGUCCAAGGAGAAUGGCAGCAUAGGACCUGUAGAGGAUGGCUGUUUGUCCUGCAGAGAGGGGGUUCUGAAGCAAGUAGAUUUCACGCAUGCAUACGAGGGCUGCAGGGCCGCGCUCGCUGCUGCAGCGCGGGACCACUUGGUCCGGCUUGUGAAGCAACUUCUGUUUGGGAUGUGUGUGGCCAACGUGGAGGAGUGGCUGCCAGUGCUGGUGGACAUCGCACAGAAUGCCGCACGCUGCCUUGAUCUCUCUGCUGCCCAUGCGACAGGAAUUGUUGAUCCAAGGGACUAUGUCAAGGUGGAGUGUGUGCCCAGCAUCCAUGGACCCCAGCACAGCCAAGUCAUCCAUGGCAUGGUGCUCAGGAAGAACAGGGCGCACAGGCGAAUGCCUUUCAAGCUUCCGAAUCCAAGGCUUCUCUUGUUGAGUGGGCCGCUGGAGUUCGAGACCUCCUCAUCAACACUCCUGCAGCUCAACAACGCAUACCUCAGCAGGGGCAAGGAGUACGUUGAUGCUGUGGUAAAUAAGAUCGUCGCCUGCCGGCCAGAUGUGGUACUUGUGGAGAGGAAUGUGGCCUGGCCGGCAAUCGAGAAGCUCAAUGAGGAGGGCAUCACACUUGUGUACAAUGUGGACAAUCCCCAGCUGGAAAUGCUGGCGCGGUGCACAGGGGCAGAGGUUGUAAAUCUGAAGUCAGUGUCUGAGGUGAAGCAGAGCAGUAUGGGGCGGUGUGAGGAAUUUGCUGUCAUCGAUGUGAUCAGAAAACCUGCAGUGGUUGAUGGCCGCAUGAAACGGCCUGCCUUCCAACCUCUCAUGAUAUUUAAGGGCUGCGAGGUGCCACUCGUAUGCACGGUUGUCUUGUAUGGGGAUGCAUCCGAGCAGAUGGACAAGGUUGCAAGGGCUGUGAGGCAGGCCAUCUUUGCAGCUUAUCACAUGCGUCUUGAGGCAGCCUUCCUUGCAGACGAGCUGUCAGUGGCGAGUUCUGCGAUGGCAGCUGUUGCCGAAGGUUUCCCUGUUGACGCCGGGCUGGACCUUUGGCAGGAGGUCAUGCAUGAAUUCGUGUGCAAGUCGGUGAGUGGCGUGCUAGACUGGCGUAACUCCCGGCCUAUCCAUUCCCUGUCACCCCACGUGAGUGGCUGGUGGGCCACCGAAGCACGACAGCACAUCGCACAGUCCAGGGACUACAUCACCCCAGUGUUCAUGGGACGCAAGCAGGUCGGUGAUGUUGAAGGGGAGGAGGAAGACUGGUGGGAGGACGGGUCAGAUACCAUGGUCGGGGAGAUCGAACCCAAUGCAUUUGAGGAGGAGACACCGCCUGUUGAUAGCCAGCCUAGCCAAAAGGAAGUGGUGCCAUUGCCCGGGUGCUGCCCUAGCCCUGUGUUCACCAGAGAGAUGUGGAUGAAUCGGAGGAGCAGGUCUGCCAGUUGCCUCAUGGAUGGCCCAGCCUCCCCAUGUCACAACCUGGGCCCCGAGCGCAUGCAGUCCACGGACUCAGCGAUGCCGCACGAGGGGCACAUGGCAAGGACAGCUGAGCAGAUGGCAGGGUGCGGGAAGGCCAGCACGAGCGGGAGGCAGAGGCAGGCCCUCUGUGUAAUGGACAAGUCGCUGAAGUUUACUUCGUCUGUGGCCAUCAGAAACCACCGGCGGGGGCUGAUGUGUGAGCCGCAUCACCUCGAUCACAUCGACUUUUACAACAGCAGCACAGACAUGGCGCUUUCCAGCUUUCUGAUGUCCAUCGCGGCGGACUCUGAGAGGCGUUGUUUGCACCAAGACUGCCAUGGAGGCAACUCCUCACACGUGAGGACCUUCCUGCACGGCGGAAUGCGCAUCACAAUGUCUGUCGUCUCCCUGCCUCCCGACAAGGAGCUGCAGGGUCCCGGGCAGCUGUGGUUCUGGGCGCGGCCCAAGGGCCUGGGCAAGUGCCCACUGGGCUCAGUCCGCCGCAUACCUCUGUCUCCCGAUGCCAUGCGAUUGUCCUUCGGGCAGUUCCUGGACCUGUCGUGCAACUCCAAUUUUCUGCAGGCCUUUGACAGGCAGCUGCACCUGGAGUUUGUGCGGUACUUUGGCUACGGGCGCACAGUGGCGUGCGUGUAUCAGGACCGAUUUCAGCCAUAUGAAGUGCUCAUUCCCCCACAGGAAUUGAGCUACUGCAACAACAAUCAGUUGCUGUGGAUGAUGGAGAGUGCCAACGAGCUCAUGCAGGAAGCGAACGAGGCGUACACUGCGGUCGAGCAUGCUCUGCAGGUGUCGCAGGAGCGGGCAGGAGAUGGGCACGCAUCCCGAGAGAGCUACGUACACAAGACACUGGUGAGGGACAUACACCAGGAGCACACCGAGUUCACUGACAAGCUGGAGCGGAUUAUACGGCAAGCAAGGAAGGGCCGCAUCGGCGUGCGCUCCAACUUCUUUAACUUCGACGAGGUCCUGCUGGACUGCGCCCUGGAGCUCAACGGCCUGCGCAAGGACUUGGCCGUCAACGUCCUGGCCUGGGCCAAGUUCAUGUCCGACCCCACCCAAAACCCGCCCACCGCCGCCGCCAAGGCCGGCGACCCGGAUCCUGACCUGUCACCCGCGCUGCAGAGGAGCGCACCCGAUGAAUAUGUGGCCCCGCAUGGCGACAGCGCGAGUGACAUGGAGCGCAGAUGCCAGGAUUCAGCCUACAACGACGACGGCGCCAGGGAGGCGAUCGAACCCCGCUGCAGCGGAGACGCGGCGGACGGGGAGGGGUCCAUCCGCACGUCCACGCCGGACGCGGACUCGGUCGUGAGGUCCCACAGGCUGGGCAGCCCCGCGGGGGGCGGCGGCAGCACGAGCGACCUGACGAUCGGCAGCGAGAUCUCGGAGAUGGGGGAGGAGGAAGGGGGGUGGGUGCCGCUGCGGUCGCCCUUCGCCGCGCCGCCAUACCUCAUCCGGCCCUUCUCCCCGGACGGGGGCGACUGCCGGGCGGCCAGGAGGGGGGAGGCGGCCGUGGAACUGAACGAAUCUUUCGACGACUCGGGGCAGAUCGACCACCUUGGAUCGGGCGGUGUUCUGCGCCGGGCCUCGGCCGUGCCCGUCGGGGAGGACGGGGCCCGCAAGCUGAUGGUGCGCAACUCCAGCGCCAGCAACCUGAUCGACAUCUACGGCUCGGAGUCGGAGAAGUUCAGGGGCGGGGAGGCGCUUGUGGAGUCCUCCUCGGCGGACCUGGGAGACUGCGGAGAGGGGGGGGCGUCCCACAGACGCUGCUCCUCGGAUCCAUUCUCGCCUAGGGAGGAGCCGCUCGUGCAUCAGUUGACGAGGAGGCUGGUGUCUGGAUACUCGGGACUGACGGACGUGGGCAGCGAGGUUGUGGAUGGGGGCAAGGGCGCCGGCGACCAACCCCAGCCGGCGGAGAUCGCGACCCAGGCAUCGAACAGUUUCCUGUCCAAGACGCCGCGGACGGCGAGGGCGUCCGAGCCCGGGAUGGUGCCGUUGACGGUGGGUCAGGUGUUCCUGAGCGGCAGGUCGCUGAUCACGGCGGGCCAGUGCACGUCGGGCGGGGACGAGGUGGUCAUCCCAGUGUUCGACGACGAGCCCGGGAGCAUCAUCGCGCACGUGCUGGCGUCCAUAUCCUUCCAGAAGAAGAUGCAACAGGAAGUCGCGGCGAUGCAGGCACUACAUGGUGCCGCAGAAGCCGGCCCCGAUGGCAUGGCACAUGACCGGCGGUGCAGCUGGGACGGCAAGCCCAGCAGUGGCGAGGUGCCACAGGGCGUGCUGCCCGUGCCCAGCACCGAUGGCGCCUACUGGCACCCCGCGCACAUCAGCCAGCGCUUCGAGGACGACGCCCUCGAGAUGAUGCCGCUGAGCAAGGCCAAGUUCGAGGUGGUCGCGUACUUUGCGCCGCAGUUCGCGAAGCUGCGGAGCAGGUGCAUCCCAGGGGGCGAGAAGUCGUUCAUCAUGAGCCUCUCCAGAUGCAAACUGUGGAAGGCACGAGGCGGCAAGACGAAGGCCUACUUCGGACGCACCAUGGACGAGCGUUACGUCAUCAAGGGGAUGUCCACAACGGAGCGUGACUCCUUCUUGAAGCACCUGGCGCCAAACUACCUGAAGUACAUAGAUGACGCGAUUGAUGGGCAGCGGGAGAUCUGCCUCGCCAAGAUCUUGGGCGUAUUUCAGGUGUCCCUGAAGUCGAGAACGGAAGACUGGGAACGCACGGUGCUCAUCAUGGAGAACGUGUUCUACAACUGCACCUGUAUCAAAAAGUACGACCUGAAGGGCUCCAAGCGCGGGCGGGACAACCCUGACGCCGAGCGCAGCCAUGCCAAGGGCGAGGAGGCCGUCUUCCUGGACAAUAACCUUCGGCGGCACAACCUCCAGGCGCCCCCACUCCUGGUGGACCACCGCAACCUGGAGCGCCUGUCCGAGGCGCUGAAGCGCGACAGCAAGUUCCUGGCCGACUUGGCCAUUAUGGACUACUCCCUCAUCUUGGGCCUGGACAAGGAGCGCACCAAGAUCGUGGUGGGCAUCAUCGACUUCGUGCGGGAGUACACACUGGACAAGAAGAUCGAAACCAUCAUAAAGUCCAGUGGCAUACUGGGCGAGGGCGGCAGCGAGCCGACCAUCAUCAGCCCGAACGCGUACCGCACCCGCUUUGUGGAGGAGAUCCGGAAGUACUUCACGGUGGUGCCCACACACGACGACUGGGACUUGGCCCAGGAUGAAGGGGAGGGCGAACCGACGUCAGCGGGAGGGAGGCAAGAGUCGGGUUCAAUCUGA